GUCGUGGUCCUGGAAAGCGUAUCCCACACCUUGCCACCAUUUAAUCUCUGUUGCGGAUAUUGCAAUGUAGUUUUUGAUGUACCUGUGAAUGUUGCUUUCUUUUAAAUUCUCAAAGAAAAAGAUUCGUUGUUUCAUCCUUGAGAGCCAGUAACUUAUUGUCUUAAAAAUGAGAUCAAUAAUACAAUUGAAAAUGAAAUAAAAUAUCAAUGGAGAACCUCAGGAUAAUUAAAUUAAUACGGGAGCAUAUUUGAAUUGUUUCUUAGCAUUCAAGCUUCUCAGUCAUGGAACGGCUAUUCAUUUAAAAUAUUUUAUGUUCAUAAAUAUGAAUUUGAAAAAAAAAUGAAUAACAAGAUACCAGAAUCGACGAAGCCCGAGGCGAUCUUCGCGCUGGGGUUGUGGAAGUUCUAUGUGACCGACAUGUCUAGCCAGAUACGAACUCAGUGGUGUCAUUUUGUUGGGAGGUGUCCCCUAGAACUUGUUUGUGAAACGUUUACCCAAUAAAAGAUUUUCAUAUUGGAAACUGGACGUUGAAAGUGGCAGGAUGGCGAGUCCCUCGCCACAAUCCUCCCCAAUGCCCCCACCCCAAACACCAUCUCCUAUGGGUCCUCCUCAACAGUCACCAUCUCCAAUGCCAUCUCCUGGUGGAAUGGUGCCUCCUUCACAAGCUCCUUCACCUAUGGGUCCACCCCAGCAUCAUUCACACAGUCCUACUGGCUACAGCCAAGGACCACCACCUGGUGUAAUGCACAUGAACGGCCCUUCUGGAUCUCCACAACAUUCAAUGGGUCCUGGGAUGCAGCAAGGAACUCAGACGUUUCAACAGCACACAAUGGGAGGAAUGGGUCACUCUCAACCAGGUUCCCAGGUGGCACCAAUGGAUAAUUUAAAUGCACUCCAAAGAGCAAUUGAUUCUAUGGAAGAAAAAGGCCUUCAAGAAGACCCACGUUAUUCCCAAUUACUUGCUUUAAGGGCAAGAACAGGUUCAAUGGAUCCUCCACGAACAGUGCAGGGUUUUGGUGGACAACAAGAACCUCCUCCAAAGCAUACUUUUAGUGCAUCUCAGUUACAACAACUUCGUGUGCAAAUUAUGGCAUAUCGAGUGCUGGCACGCAACCAACCUUUAUCAGCACAGUUGGCAUUGGCUGUGCAAGGCAAACCCAGUCAAUGUUCAUCUACACCACCAGGCAUGAUGCAGCAUCCUAUGAGACCUCCUGGGCCUCCUGGUGGGCAGCCACCAACCCAGUCUCCAAUGACGGCUCAGAUGGCUCCUCCUACUGGCCCCGCCCCUCCUCAGCAGCAACAGCAGCAGCCGCCUCAGCCACCUUCAGGGCCUGUGCCAGGGCCCAUCGGACCUCCAAUGGGGCCCCAGGGUCCACCGCCCCCUCGGAUGAUGCAGCAACCUCCGCAGCCUCAGCCUGGCGGCCCUCCUGGGCCGUUGCCCACCCCUCCCCUCAUGCCUCCUCAGCAGCAGCCUCCCCUGCAGCCACCUCUCCCCGGCUCUGGCCCCCCGGUAGCGAUGCCCCCCGGGGGGGCAUCUCCCAUUCCCCAGCCACCUCCUGGAGUGCCUAUUCCUCCUGCUGGUCAAAUGCCACCUGGUAUGCCGCAUCCUGGCAUGCCACCAGGGAUGGGCCCUGGCCUUCGGCCUUCCAUGCACAACUCUGGUGGGUUGAUGCCACCUGCACCAAACCAACAGAUGCCACAACCCCCACAUCAGCCACAGCAGCAACAACCUUGCCCUCCGUCAGCACAGUCACAGAAGCAGAAUCGUGUUACUUCUGUUGCUAGACCCAUUGGCAUUGACCCUUUGCUUGUUCUUCAGGAACGAGAAAAUAGAGUGGCAGCUCGUAUUGCUCUUCGAAUAGAAGAACUGACUAAUUUGCCAACUACAAUGCCUGAGGACCUAAGGAUUAAAGCCCAGAUAGAACUGAGAGCGUUACGGGUGCUUAAUUUUCAAAGGCAACUUCGAUGUGAGGUUCUUUCAUGUACACGACGAGACACAACUUUAGAGACCGCUGUAAAUGUGAAAGCUUACAAACGUACUAAAAGACAAGGCUUACGUGAAGCACGUGCUACAGAGAAACUGGAGAAACAACAGAAGUUGGAGGCAGAGAGAAAACGACGUCAAAAACAUCAAGAAUUCUUGGUUUCUGUUUUGCAACAUGGAAAAGAUUUCAAGGAGUAUCAUAGAAAUAAUCUUGCUAAAAUUGCUCGUGUCAAUAAAGCUGUACUCAAUCAUCAUGCCAAUGCUGAACGAGAACAAAAGAAAGAACAAGAACGAAUUGAGAAAGAACGAAUGCGUCGUCUUAUGGCUGAGGAUGAAGAAGGUUACAGGAAACUUAUUGAUCAGAAGAAAGACAAGAGAUUGGCUUUCCUACUUUCACAGACAGAUGAAUAUAUUGGUAAUUUGACUGAGAUGGUGAAGCAACAUAAGAUAGAGCAAAAACGAAAGCAACAGGAAAUGAAGCAAAAGAAGAAGCGCAAGAAGAAGAAGAAGAAGCAGAAUGCUGAAAAUGGUGAAGGAGGAGAGGGAAUGGAAACGCAAACUGAUGAAACUUCUCAAGAUGGUGACAAGAGGAUUUCAGUAAUUGAAAUUGCUACAGGCAAAACUCUGUCGGGAGAGGACGCACCAGUUGCUAGUCAGUUGCAAAUCUGGUUGGAUGCACAUCCUGGAUGGGAAGCUAUGCCUCAAGAUGAAGAUGAUGAAGAUGAUGAUGAUGAAGAUGGAUCAGAGGAUGAUUCCGAUGAUGACGAACAAGACUCACAAGACAAAGCUCGUGAGAUGAUAAAGAAGGCUAAAGUUGAAGAUGAUGAAUAUAAGACCUCAACAGAAGAACAGACUUAUUAUAGCAUUGCUCAUACAAUAAAUGAAAUAGUGACAGAACAAGCAACUAUUCUUGUAAAUGGUAAACUGAAGGAAUAUCAAAUAAAGGGCUUAGAAUGGCUGGUGUCUUUGUACAACAAUAAUUUGAAUGGUAUUUUGGCUGAUGAAAUGGGUUUAGGAAAGACAAUUCAAACUAUUGCUUUGAUUACUUACUUAAUGGAAAAAAAGAAAGUGAAUGGUCCAUUUUUGAUCAUUGUUCCAUUGUCAACAUUGUCAAAUUGGGUUCUUGAAUUUGAGAAAUGGGCUCCUUCGGUAGUUGUAGUGGCAUACAAAGGGUCACCUGCCAUGCGUCGACAGAUUCAGAGUCAAAUGCGUUCAACAAAAUUUAAUGUGUUGCUCACAACUUAUGAAUAUGUUAUUAAAGACAAAGGCAUGUUGGCAAAGCUUCAUUGGAAGUACAUGGUAAUAGAUGAAGGACAUCGAAUGAAAAAUCAUCAUUGCAAACUUACCCAGGUUCUCAAUUCCCACUACAUUGCAACACAUCGUUUGCUACUGACUGGCACUCCCUUACAAAACAAGCUGCCCGAAUUGUGGGCAUUGCUGAACUUCCUCUUGCCUUCUAUUUUUAAAUCUUGCAGCACAUUUGAACAGUGGUUUAAUGCCCCUUUUGCAACAACUGGAGAAAAGGUUGAACUUAAUGAGGAAGAAACUAUUCUGAUUAUUCGUCGGUUGCAUAAAGUCCUCCGGCCGUUUUUACUGCGGCGACUGAAAAAAGAAGUGGAAUCUCAAUUACCAGAUAAAGUGGAAUACAUUGUCAAAUGUGAUAUGUCUGGUUUACAACGAGUUCUUUACAGGCAUAUGCAGAGCAAAGGUGUUCUACUGACAGAUGGCUCUGAGAAGGGAAAACAAGGAAAAGGAGGAGCGAAGGCCCUUAUGAAUACAAUUGUGCAACUUCGAAAGUUGUGCAAUCAUCCAUUCAUGUUUCAGAACAUAGAAGAGAAGUAUUGUGAUCACAUAGGUAGUCAGAGUGGAGUAGUUACUGGCCCUGACUUGUAUCGUGCGUCAGGAAAAUUUGAGCUCUUGGAUCGUAUCUUGCCGAAACUGAAAGCAACAAAUCAUCGUGUACUGCUCUUUUGUCAAAUGACCCAAUUAAUGACUAUUAUGGAGGACUAUUUAAGUUGGCGUGGUUUCAUGUACCUCCGCUUAGAUGGUACCACUAAAGCAGAAGACAGAGGAGAUUUAUUGAAGAAAUUUAAUAGUCCAGACUCUGAGUAUUUUCUUUUUCUUUUGAGUACACGUGCUGGGGGAUUAGGUCUCAAUCUGCAAGCAGCUGAUACGGACUUGCAAGCCCAAGACAGAGCUCAUCGAAUUGGUCAGCAAAAUGAAGUCCGUGUUUUACGUCUCAUGACAGUUAAUUCAGUAGAAGAAAGAAUUCUUGCUGCAGCUCGCUACAAGCUUAACAUGGAUGAAAAAGUUAUUCAAGCUGGAAUGUUUGACCAAAAGUCAACUGGUUCGGAACGACAACAAUUUCUUCAGAGUAUACUCCAUCAGGAUGAAGCUGAGGAAGAGGAAGAAAAUGAAGUUCCUGAUGAUGAAUCAAUAAAUCAUAUGAUCGCUCGCAAUGCAGAUGAACUGGCAUUAUUUCAUCGAAUGGACUUGGAGCGCAGACGAGAAGAAGCAAAAUUGGGACCUAAUCGUAAACCUCGCCUAAUGGAGGAUUCAGAACUUCCUGAUUGGCUUGUAAAAGAUGAUGAUGAGGUGGAACGCUGGACUUUUGAAGAGGAAGAAGAUGAUAGGUUCCUAGGUCGUGGGACCCGUCAAAGGAAAGAAGUGGACUAUUCAGAUAGUCUUACAGAAAAGGAAUGGCUGAAGGCCAUUGAUGAUGGUGCUGAAGAUUUUGAAGAAGAUGAAGAGGAGGAGGAAGAAGACGAGAAGAAACUCAGGAAAAAGACACGCAAGAGACGCAAGAAAAAUGAUGAUGAUGAUGAAGAGGAGGGUAGCCAAUCAAAGAAACGCAAGGGGGCAAAUGCAACAAGUGUUGAUCCACGCUUAAAAAGACAAAUGAGGAAGCUUAUGAAUAUUGUAAUAAAGUAUACUGACAGUGAUGGGAGAGUGCUGAGUGAUCCGUUUAUGAAACUUCCAUCGCGUCGUGAACUGCCAGAUUACUAUGAAAUCAUAAAGAAACCUUUGGACAUUAAAAAGAUACUUCAGAGGAUAGAUGAAAAUAAGUUCCCUGAUUUUGAUGAUCUUGAAAGAGAUUUUAUGCAACUUUGUAAAAAUGCUCAAACAUACAAUGAAGAAGCAUCUUUAAUUCAUGAAGAUUCCAUUGUUCUUCAGUCAGUAUUUACUAAUGCUCGGCAGCGUUUAGAACAAGAAGGAGAAGAUGACACAGUUGUUGAUGAGGAUGAGAAAUCUAAAGGUGAAGGUGUAGAGGAAGAAGUGACUUCUGAUGGAGAUUCUGCUGUUAAAAUGAAAAUAAAAAUAAAAUCAGCAGGAAGAAACAAAGGUGAACCACGAGUUUCAAGGAGUCGUAAACGCAAUUCUCGUAAAUAUAUCAGUGAUGAGGAGGACGAGGAAGAACCCUUGCAACCUAAUUAACUAUGUCUCUUCAAAUUGUUGGACAAUGUAGAUCUGGUAUGCUGUGUUUUUCUUUUCUAUGGGUUUAUAAAUAUGGUUCAGUAAAAUAUACUCGAGGAACUACAAUAUAUAGUGACUAUACUACAUCUCAAAACAAUUUUGUUCUGUGCAUGUUAGAUCUUGAUGUAAAUGUUUUCAUCCUUUUAAUUUAGUGAAUCUUCUUAAGUAGAAUAUACGAUUUUGAUUUAAAAAUCAUUUAAAUGUGUAUAAGACAAAUUGUUACAUUUCUGCUUCAAGAUUCUGUGUGUAUAAAUAUUUUCUCAUGAUGUCUUAUUGGUCCCCCAAUUGUAAAUUAUUUAUGCCAAGAUAUUUUUUGUGUACGCUUGCACGCUAGAAUUUUUUAAAUGUUGAUUCAAAAAUUGUGAAACCUACAUUUUUCAGUUCACAUAUUUCUGUAAUUUUUUUAAAUUAUUGUGCAGGUGCACAGUUAUUGUUUGUGUACCUUUAAAACUCAAGAGAAGCAUUAGCGUUUCUGAUGUAUUUAAAGUUAGGACACCUGUGUAGUGAAAUGUUAAAAGAUUAUUUUCAGUUUACUUUUCAGUUAUUUUUAUAGAAGAUAAGCCCCUUUGGUGUAAUCAGUACAUUAUCACUGUAUCAACUUGAAAUAUCUGGUUUUAACUUGUAUUUAAUAAUGGAUGGUUGUUUUUAGAAAAUCAAUGUUGUGACACAUUUUGGCUUGUCAUUCAAUUUUUGGGAAGUGAUAAGAAUUUAAAAAGGAGCAUCAGUUGUACUUACCUUCUGUUUAUCACUAUGGAAGGAUAAUCCAAUAGCAAAAUUGUUAGGUUUGGUGUAAGAAUUAAGAAAUUAUAGCUGUGUGAUUCAAGAAAUGAUCAGAAAUAUUUUGGGUUUAUUUUAAGUAUUUUUGAACUGAACACCCUUUAAUUGACCUACAUAUGAUCAUCGUAUCUUCUUUACACUAUUCACAUGAUUGCAUGUGCUUGUGUAUUCUUUUUAAGUAUGUGCUUUCUUUACUACUAAUUUUCUUUCUUUUUUUAAAUUUUUUUCUUCUUUUUUUCUUUUCUUUUCUCCCUGAAAGAAUGCUCAUGAUAAUUGAUCAGAAUUGUAGGACAGGUCUGGUGGAGGUAUGUUCUCAAGUAUUUAUGAGGUGUUUUUGUAUUCUUCUUUCCACCUUUAAUUAACACAGAAAAUGUCAGAAACACUAUAAGCUAGUUGUGACAGAAGUUAAGUAUAUUUGAGUUUCAUUUGGCUGUUGAAUCCAGAGAGAUACAUUGACUUAAUGAGCAUUUGUUCUUGUCAUGAUUUUCCCUUUUUUUGUUCCUUGGUUUAUUAAUUAGUAUGACAACAUAUUCUCAACUGAAGAAUAAAAACUUGGGAGGAAAAGAUAAAACACAAGAAAAUAGCUCUGGGAAAAAAUUAAAAAGUAUAAUUUUAUCAUUUACGGUCAAGCUGUAUAAACAAAAAUUUUCAAUGUAAGUACUGAUUCGUUUCUUGCAAGUUCUUCUGAAUUGUGAUUUGAGCAAAUUUUUAAGAACCACCCUUCUUACCGUUUGUGAAUUUUAUUUUGUGUAUAAUUGAUGGCAAUGUUAUUUUAUUGUUACAUUAUUGGAAAUGUAAGAAUGUAUUGUUUGCAAAUGGAAAGAGAAUUUUAAUUUUGUAAGAAAACAUAAUUGAACCAAUACAAGUCAUUUUUGAUUUUGAAUUGUCCAUUUACUUUUUGAAAAUCUGUGCUGUUUAGUGAUUGCGAACCAGAUAAUACAAUUUUUCCUUUGAUGCCCAUUUCCUCUGUUGUUUAUCAUAAUGUGGAAUAAAUAAAAAUUGCAGUUUCAUCAACCUCAGUAAUACAAAGAAAAGUGAAUUGAGUUCAAACUGCCCAAUUUACUGGACUGCAAAAUAAAUAACAACCAUGACGUUCUUGCAAGUGUGAAUCUUUAAUAUUAUUGUCCUCAGAAAUGUCUACUUUUAGUUACCGUUUGAAAAUAUCACGAGAGAAAUAUUUAUUGGAUUUGUACUUUCUGUAAUUGCAUCAUAUGGAAAUAUAAUAACCAUUGUAGUAAACGGAGACUUUUUAUUGUAAAGACAUUAUUUUAAGUAUUAUAAGUUAAUUUAAAAAUGGUAAGGACAAUAUUAUGAUAAAUUUAUGACAAUGUCAGAGUGAAAUCAAAUUCUAUUUUUAUCAUUUCACAACUGGGAAGACAAAUUGUAGUGUACUUCAACGAAUUUUAAUUAUUUGAAAUAUGUUUGAUACUUAGAAAUAAAAAAAACAACAAACAGUAGUUCUAAUUUCAAAGUAAACAUUUUUAAUUGACUGUUAUAGCGAUCUGCAAAAAUUUUUUAAAUGCCUUUUUUGUUUAAUUUGAAAUACAAAAAUUAAGACUACCAACCUCUCUUUUGAACUUGCAGAGAAAAUGUGAAUAGUAUUAUUUGUGAAAUGAACUUGUUUAUCAAAAUUUAAGUCCUACAGCUUCUUUUCUUUCUUAAUUAAAUUCUUAUUUUAUUCAUUCUUUUAUUUGUGUAUGAAAAACUUAUUUUUCUGGAAUUCCUUUGGUGCAAGCGAUUCUAAUUUUUAUUUCUCUUUUUGAUGUUGCUUAUUAUCCACUUCAUUGUUUCUAGGCCCAAAGGAAAAAUUAUUUAUUUGAUUUCUACAGUUAAAAUAAAAUAAAAUAAAAUAUGAAUGUAUUUACCAUAUGUAUUUAAUGACACCUCAAGCGUUUCCAGGCAGCAACUUUUAGUUACUUUCACUCUGAAUUUCAUAGAAUCUGAAUUGCAUAGUGAUAGUUUUACUUUUGACUAUUGUGAACUAAAUUAAGUAAUUUUUUCACUUUCCAGAAAUUUGCUACAUGGGUACAAACAGCCCUAAUUAAAAAUUGAAGUUUACAUAAACAUCAUGUUUCUGUAUUUUAAAUUUAUGACAAUAAAUGCUCAAAUGUGGUUUGUUUCUCAUGUUCACAUCGGUAAAUUCCAUUUUAAUAUGGUUAUAGAUUUGUUAUUCUGAACUAUCUGAUUCUAUCAGUUAGGAUUGAAUUUGUUCAAUUUGAGUCCCAGAAUCAAUGGGGUAUCU